GACUGAUAUAUAAGGACCAGUUUAUGCCUCCAGUUCUCAGUCUGGUUGCAGGAGACUGAGAAAACAGUUCAUAGACAAGUGGCCUUGACUCCUUGCAACGAUGAUUCCACGCUGGGCAGUUGCCUUACUCUUCGGAGUUGUCAUAGUUGCAGUUGAUGCUCAAACGCCCGGAAGGCGCGCCUGUUACUAUGAGAGCUGGGGCGUGUACCGACCUGGCGAGGGCGCCUACGACAUCGACGACAUCCCGGCAGAAAUGUGCACCCACCUGAUCUACUCCUUCUGCGGCGUCUCCAACGUGACCUGGGAAAUCCUCGUCCUGGAUCCUGAGCUGGACAUCCAGGGGAAGAACUACGAGCGUUUCACGGGUCUGAAAGCCAAGUACCCCGACUUGAAGACCACCAUCGCCGUAGGAGGAUGGGGUGAAGGAGGCAAGAAGUACUCCCAGAUGGUGAGUGUUCCAGAGAGGAGAGCCAGCUUCAUCAAGAGCAUUGUUGCAUUCCUUCACCAGUACAACUUCGAUGGCUUCGAUCUCGACUGGGAGUACCCAGGAGCGAGUGACAGGGGUGGCAAAUACUCCGACAAGGACAACUUCCUCUUGUUCGUGCAAGAACUUCGAGCAGCCAUGGACGCCGAAGCCAUGGGAUGGGAACUCACCGCUGCCGUUCCAGUGGCCAGGUUCCGACUCCAAGAGGGAUACCACGUGCCCGAGCUUUGCGAGUUGCUCGAUGCCAUCCACUUGAUGACCUACGAUCUGAGAGGUAACUGGUGCAACUUCGCUGAUACUCACUCCAUGCUGUUCACUAGGCCUACGUGGGACAAAUGGACAUCCUACGAAACGCUGAAUGUGAAUGAUGGCGCUCUCCUCUGGGAGGAAUUCGGCUGCCCCGCAAACAAGCUGGUGGUGGGAACACCAUUCUAUGCCCGCACAUACACCCUGGCAUCGCCUUCAAUGCACGACAUUCACGCUGGCAUCAAGCAGUGGAUUGGAGGAGGAAACCCAGGCCCUUACACAGAGGCCUAUGGCACCCUAGCUUACUUCGAGGUCUGCAAGAUGAUGCUGGAUGACGCAGCCUGGGUUGACGAAUAUGAUGCUGAGGGUUUUGUGCCCUACACAUACAAAGAUGACCAGUGGGUAGGGUACGAAGACCCAGACAGCCUCAAACUGAAAGUGGAUCACGUUAAGGAGAAAGGUUACCUUGGCGCUAUGGUCUGGGCCAUCGACCAGGACGAUUGGCACAACUGGUGCGGACUGGGUGCAAACCCCAUGAUGAACGUUAUCUACAACGGUCUGAAAGAUUACGUUGUCCCAGGAACCACACCAAAGAAGAACUAAGAGACACCAUUUAUUAUUAUCAAGAAGACCACUUCGCUACCUGAGAAGGAACAGGGAAACAAAUAUCUCGUUUGAAAUGACGUCGCCAUUAAAGUUUAUCUAGACCUUGGUCAGGCUACUCAAAAUCUGUGACCAGUUGAUUUUCGGUUCUUCAGACUUGCGUCUUCCUGGUGUGAACAAUCUCGAUCAGUUGUAAAAUUGUCAUCAAUAAAAAGGAAAAAUA